UUCAAAAUCUUACCUUUAAUACAACUGACACGUUAUAACUCGGAUUUUCAAAAUCGCACUUUUAAAUAAUAAAACAAGCAAAAGUGAGAAGAAACCCCUUAAAAAAGCAAAGUCAUUGAAUAGAUCCAACCAUAGUUGAUAUUGAUAGGGUUAGAUUUCAAAAAUAUUGUCAAAAUUGAGUAUUUGACGUAUAGUCCGCCCCUCCCAAUUUGAAUUUUGCUCAUUUACAAUUUCAGACCGUUUGGUAUUUCCCCCUUUCUCUCUCCUCUGAAAAAACAACAUCAUUCAUCAAAAUUACAACGUUUCUUUCAUUCAAAAAAAAUUAUCCCCGUUUCUACUAAAUCACAUACUCAUACCCAGAUCUUUCUCUCUCCUAUUCUUCAAAUGCUACUUCCAUUGAUCGGUUUAUCAUCUUCUCGAUCACCCAUUUCAAGCUGAAGUUAACUUUGUUUUAGGGAACGGAGGAAGUACUCGAUUAUAGGUUUUGGCUUUUCUGGGAGCAUAAUUUGGAUAAGUUGGCAUUGGAUUUCAAUUUUGUGCGAAGUUUAGUUAUUUGGGUCUGCAUGAACAAAUUGCGGCCCUCUGAGUGACUUAAGGUUCUAAACAUGCCUUUCGGGUUGUUCUGUCUAAAAGAAGCUCCAACCAUUGUCUAGGAAGACUGAUAAUGCCUUGGGGAACAUUCCGUGGAGAGAAUCGACAUCGAGUUGGAAUUGGGGUAUGCAGUUUAGCCUGUUUUUUUGUUAAUAAUGGAAAGUGACAGGAAAAUAGCUGCAUCACUUCCGCCUCCGCCCCCAUCAGCUCCUCCUGGCUCUUUGAAUGGGGCCAAAAAUGCCUUUUCUCAAGUCAGACCUAUGCAUGGGAGGACCAGUGGGCCUACGAGGCGAUCAACAAGGGGGCAAUGGACUCCUGAAGAGGAUGAAAUUUUGCGCAAGGCUGUUCAGCGCUUUAAAGGGAAAAAUUGGAAGAAGAUAGCUGAAUGUUUCAAGGACAGAACUGAUGUUCAGUGCCUGCACAGGUGGCAAAAGGUCCUCAACCCUGAGCUUAUCAAGGGCCCUUGGUCUAAAGAGGAGGAUGAAGUUAUUGUUCAAUUAGUCAAUAAAUAUGGGCCCAAAAAAUGGUCCAUAAUUGCUCAACAUCUUCCAGGACGUAUAGGAAAACAAUGCCGAGAACGGUGGCAUAAUCAUCUCAAUCCUUCUAUAAACAAAGAGGCAUGGAAUCAAGAAGAAGAACUAAUUCUGAUUCGUGCUCAUCAGAUUCAUGGGAAUAGGUGGGCAGAGCUAACAAAAUAUUUGCCAGGAAGGACAGACAAUGCUAUAAAAAAUCACUGGAACAGCUCUGUGAAGAAAAAACUAGACUCUUAUAUUGCCUCGGGGCUCCUUGCUCAGUUCCAAGGUCUGCCAUUAGUUGGCCAUCAGAGUCAAUCCAUGCCUACAACUUCCCUGCUAGUACAACAGAGCAGUGGAGAAGGUAGUGUAUUUAAAGAGGGAGCAGAGCUGGAGCAAAAUUCAGAAAGUAGUCAAGUUGGUUGCUCUCAAAGUGCAAGUGACCUGUCUAAUACUGCUUGUCAAACAAAGGAAGACUUCUUGUUGUCUGAAGAAUCAGACCAUGGAAAGUUGCAAAAUGCUAGUCCAACUGCGUCAUGUUCCGAGCAAUAUUAUACAGAGGACAUCACCUUUACCAUUCCUGAUUUACCUUAUGAAUUCAGCUGCUCAUCUAAAUACUUGGAAGAUAAUUUUUCAAGAGAACAUGGGGUUUGUGCAACUGGGAAUAGCAGCUUUGGUACUAUUAGCUUGCCCAAUGUUUCCUCUGUGGAGUUGGGCGCAGACUCAUCCAAUUUAUCAGAAAAUUAUUAUUUUGCUGAUACAAUGAGCGGCAUGGUUCCUGGGCCUUCUCACCACCAUUCUAUCGAUUAUGAUGCACUAGCUUCAGUCAGUAAUGUGGCAGUGAAUUCAGAUACAUCAGUACUGAGACAGAAAACCGAAGAAGACUGUUCUGAGCUCCUAUUGGAGCAGGAAGGGGGAGAUGGAUGUCCUGUGAAUAUUACCAACUGCUCAGAAAUUAUUGAUAUGGAUAGAUUUAGAGAUUAUUUAAGUUUCCAAGCCAUUUUUCAGCUUCCUGAAACAAGUGGACAUGUAGCUUUGCAGCCAAAUGGUCCAUUAGAACCUUCAAACUGUGAACCUUCUAAUCCUUGUGAGGAAUUCAAUCAAAUAAGUGACAGCUUGGCCAUAUCUGAAGCGCAGAACAUUGCCAAUGUGGAUGAGGGAUUUUUUCCUGCAUACAACAAUUCUGGUUCUUCAUUUUAUGAUCAUAUAAAUGCAGGCUUGACAGAGCAAACGGAAUUGAAGGAACCAUCAAGAUUAGUCCCUGUAAAUACAUUUAGUCCUGAAGCAUCAGAUGACCAGAAAACUGAGUCUAGUGCAGUUGAACGACCAGUAAAUGCUACUUGCAAACUGGAAGCUGGAAUUCUGUGUUACGAACCCCCUCGAUUCCCAUGUUUGGACAUACCAUUUUUUAGUUGUGAUCUUGCUCAGCCUGGUAAUGAUGUCCAUCAAGAAUUUAGUCCUCUUGGCAUCCGCCAAAUGGUUAUGUCUUCUAUGAACAGUCUGACUCCCAUAUGGGACUCACCAUCUAGAGAUGGCAGUCCAGUUGCCGUGUUAAAAAGUGCUGCAAAAACGUUUGCAUGUACACCAUCCAUCUUGAAGAAAAGACAUCGUGACUUACUGUCACCUUUAUCACCUUUUUCAGAUAGGCGAUGUGAUAAGAAGACUGGGAGUAGUUCUAAGCAAGAGUUUUUGUGCACAUCCAGGUUGACUAAUGAGUUUUCUCGUUUGGAUGUUAUGUUCGACGAGGCUGAUGAUUCCAAGGAAUCAGCAUCCAAUGAUCAGAAUAAUCAUGUGCCAAUAGAAGAUAAAGAAAAUAUAUGUCCUGCUCUUGAAGGGGAAUUAGAAGAGGCAAGUCAUAACAAUGCAGAAUCAGGAGAUAAAAUAGAGGAAAACAAAAAGGACUUCAAGGAUAUGGAGAAGGAAGAAAAUCUUGAACAAAUUCUGGAGAAAUCGGUCCACGAAGAUUGUACUGCAGAAACGCCUAAAGGAGUACUUGUUGAACGCUACUUUAGUGAUGCCCAAUAUACUUCUCUGGAUGGAGCUGGACCUAAAACAGGCUCGGAGAUAGGUGGCAAAACUGUAGAAGUUCACAGCGCGAAAAUGACUUCCAAACAACAAGCAGCCAUGCCAGAGUCAAUGACUAGUAAAGCUAAAUCUGUUGUAAGCCCGCCCUUAUUUGUCCAAAAGAAGCAAAACAUUGAUUCUGACAGCCUUAUUAAUGAAGUUGGUGCUGAGAAUUUAAACAUAUUUGGCGGAACACCUUUUAGACGAAGUAUAGAAUCUCCUUCAGCAUGGAAGUCACCAUGGUACUUUAGUUCUGUGGUUGCUUGCUCGAGGUUUGAAGCAGAAGCAAUGAUUGAGGAUAUAGGGAUUUUCAUGAGUCCAGGAGAUAGAAGCUAUGAUGCGUUGGGGUUGAUGAAACAAAUAAAUGAGCAGAGUGCAGAGGCAUAUGCAGAUGCCCGGGAAGUUCUAGGAAGUGAAACUCCCGAAAGCAUUUUGAGGCAAAGAUGCUUGAAAAGUCAGAAUCUGGAGGACCAGAGUAACAAGUUCGCUGACAGUCAGCUUGACAGCCGCUUACGUAUGGCAUCAAAUGUCUCGUCGGAGCGGCGGGUUCUUGAUUUCAGUGAAUGUGGGACACCAGCAAAGGCAGCGGAGAAGGGGAAAAGUGUUACAGCUGCAAGCUUAUCAAGCCCGUCUUGUUUGCUGAAAAGUUACAGAUAGUAUCAACUUUGAGCAGAGCUGUUUAGAGCAGAGCUAGUACAUAAUGUUGUUCGUAAAAUGUAUUAUUUCUUGCUGUAAUACAUAUUUAUUUUGAAUGAUGCAAUUAUUUGAUUCAGUAUACUUUUAAUUGCAUAAAUUUUUUGGUUCUUCUGAACAGCUCUUCAUACAAAUAUUCCCUGUUUCUGACUUAAACAUUUAUUUGAAGUAGGAUCCCUCAACAUACAGGGUUCCAUAGUUGAAUUAUUAUCCUUACAUUUUAUUAUUCCCUGGUUAUCAGACGCCACAAUGCAAGGGUUCGCCCAAGUUUUUCCGAGUUUGUUUAGGUUAGUGGAAAAUUAACUUGUGUCAUUAGACGAUAAGUAAAUUAAAAGCAUUGAGCUUACAGUUAUUGGAAAUAAGUAGCUUAGCCAUUUAAAACACAUAUGCAUGAAAGUUUAAGCUUAUUGGGAAAAUGUCAAAAUACCAAUACUUACACGGUUACACCUGAAUGUUUAUACAAGGUCGAUAAAAGGGGGGGGGGGGGG